ACGUGACGUCACUGCGGAAGAAAAGCAGUGGUCACGUAAACAGGGCUAGCAUACAUAGCACUGUAGAGUUUAUCUAUCAGUUUUUAUAUGUACAUUCACUUUUCAACGCAUUAUCAGUCAUGUCUACGAGCCAUACAAAAGAUUCCAGCUUUUUGGGUGGCAGGAUACCACCAGAAAUUGAAUCAUUAUCCAAAAACCUGAAGGACGUGGACCAGGAGACAUUCAGGAAAAUACUGAAAGCUGUGGUCAGUGCCCUGGAGGGGAAGGACUGCAGAGAGGUGAUGAAGUCAAUAGCAGAGAGCAGCGUCAUCUCUCAGGAGAGGCUGAGUCACAUUGUGGCUGGAAUGUACCGAGUUCUGUCUGAUGCCAUCCGCAUCCCCACAUCAUCACUUAAACAGGAAGCUUUUAAAGAAGAUCUCAGAGACCUGAGAAUACCCGAAGAAUUUAUCACAGAUUUCUCCAGCGUGGUCUUUGGAAAUCGCCGAGCAGCUCUGGAGGCACUGACCUUGCAGAAUGAUCCACACCUGCCCACUUUAGCUGAGCUUAAAUGGAGAGUGGAUGUGGCCAUUUCUACAAGUUCCUUGUCCAGAGCCCUGCAGCCCUCAGUUCUAAUGCAAAUGAAACUAUCAGAUGGGACUUUUCAUCAGUUUGAGCUUCCCGUGUCGAAAUUUCAGGAGCUCCGAUACAAUGUGGCUCUGAUUCUCAAAGAGAUGAACGAUCUGGAGAAGAGGAGCAUUCUCAAGAUUCAAGACUGAUAUGUAGGACUGUUUUUUAGAAUUAAGAUGCCCUUUGUACCUUGUGGGAUUUGUACAUUUACAACAAAUGACUACUGUUAAUGUAAUGUUUAUGUUUGAUGGGUUGGCAUCCAACAUGAAGUACUUCGCUGUUGACAAUGUAAAAUGAGAAGAACUCCUAAAUGUGUGAAAGUAAGAGGACGACAGAAGAAGGGCGCAUAAGUCUCAGAUUUUUUUUCACGUUAACUGAUGCUCUAAUGCACAGGUCUCAGACAUGAGGCUGUUGGGAUGACUUUGCAAAGUGCAGAAGAUAUUAACAGUCAAGGGCAUUGAACUCAAAAAUAACAGCAUAAUAACCUAGAAAUAAUGACUCCAAA